AUGACAGAGACGUUUGAAGAAGGUCUGGGUCCUACUGGUGUUGAAGGUGAAUCCAGGUCUCGUAGGUUUAAUGGUGGUAAUGUGACUGAUGGUGUUGAUCCAUGGCUCUUUCGCUUAAUUAUCAGAGUGAUAACCGUAGGACCUCCCCACAAGGCGGUUCAACACGCACUUAAAGCUCAAAAACGACACAUCUUUGAAGUGUCACCAAAUGUUGAUAAUGGUAGUUUUAAACCUCUCAACGCCUAUUCAACCUUUGUAGACGCUCUCCUUAAAGAAUUUGUAGUGAAUGGAAAGAAAAUUGAACUGAACAGAACCCUUGACCAUUCUGUAAUGGUAAUCAACAUUGGUAUAUCUGAAAUUCCCCUCAUGGAAGAAGAAGUAUUGAAGACAGCAUUAAUCAAUACCUUUGAACGCUUUGGCGACAUUUUGAACAUUGGUAUCUCCAAGUGCGCUGACUCCGAUUGGUUCACCGGUCGCGGUUUUGCUACACUCAAUAGGAAUAAAUUAAAAGAAGCAACGUAUGCAGCUGAGCUCACUCUCCAAGUGGAACUUGUAGGUUUCCCAGGAGUAUUACAGAACAUCGUUUGGUCUCAAAUGAAACCUAUUUGCACUGACUGCCAUACAGACGAGCACAUCAAGUUUGACUGCCCCAAGAGAAUGAGAAAGCUAUGCUUCCGCUGCAAGAGUCCUAACCAUCUGCAAGCUAAGUGCCCUACGGCACCUUGGAAUCGUGAACCCAAAGCAAACAAACAAGCAGGAAUAUCCAAAAUUGGAAAGUCUGUACCUGAAGAGGAGUCAAGUAUGACAUCUGACUUUAAAACCACCUACGCUGCAGGAACUAGACGGGAAAUCAACUUGCUCGAUUUACUCAAGAAUGAUACAAAGCCACAGGCAGUAGGAAGUGAAACGACUAUAUGGAAGAACGAACCAAGCCAGCCUAUGAAGGAAGCCGUUCCCACCAAGUCAGUCUCUACACCAAGAAGUUCCAGAAGUCAACAAACCAAAAAGCUAGACGAUAUCAUCACUCUCAGACACUCAGUUAGUUUGACUAGUAAAGAGAGAAGCAAACUAAACAGGUCAAUUACAAAGCGUAAUUUGGAAGACGCUCUCUCUCCUGAAACAAGAGAAUCUUUGACUCCAAAUACUAAAAGACUCAGCAAAAACAUGGAAAGUGAAACUGUCACUCAAACGUCUUCUCCUUCUCCUGAAAAUGGUGGGGAGAAAAUGAAUG